AUGGUAGUAUUUCUGCCAUUCAUGUUAGCACUGUUGCCCCAGGUUUUAGGCAAGAAUCUGAGUGUUCAGUGUUCCCUUAAAGAACCUACUCCUAUUGCUCAUAAAUAUUACCAGUCAGGAGACCUCAUCAUUGCUGGCGUUAUGUCUCAGGUCUUUUUACUUGCAGAUACCAUAAGCUUUGAUAAACAUCCAGUGGAGGACAUCCCUGAAGACUAUAUCUAUUACUAUGCAAGUGGGACCUAUCUUGCCUCAUUGGAACUUCUCUCUAGACGAGGGAGAUUCAUCCCGAACUACAAAUGUGAUGUUGAGAAUACUCCAGUAGCAGUCAUUGUGGGACCUAACUCUGACUACUGUCUUAACAUGGCAAAUGUCCUAUCUAUGUACAAGAUGCCACAGCUCAUCUAUGGCUCUUCUCCCAUGGUGAAUAACAAUAUCCAAACUGCUUUCUUCCACCAAAUGUUACCAAAUGGUGCUCAUCAAUACAAUGGUAUUCUCCAUUUACUCCUGCAUUUUAACUGGAUAUGGAUUGGGGUGCUUUCUCUCAAUGAUGAUACCGGAGAGAGUUUUGUACAAAACAUUCUUCCCAUGUUUGCUCAGAGGGAUAUAUGCUUUGAAUUUAUAGAGAGAUUCCCCAAACCAACCUUUUCCAGUGAGUUGACUGAAAUGGUGAAAGAAGGUUUUGAAACAGGCAUGGCUGUUAUGAGAAGCACUGCCAAUGUGGUGGUUGUGCAUGGUGAAAUUCAUACCAUUAUGGCAAUGAGAAUGCUACCCAAGGUUGCAGAAAUGGAGGGAAUUCCAAUGUCAAUGAAGACAAAAGUGUGGAUUAUGACAGCUCAGGUGGAUUUCACCUCAUUUUCCUUCCAAAGAGAUUGGGACAUAAAUUUCCUCCAUGGUGCUGUAUCAUUUGCAAUUCACUCAAAGGAUCUUCUAGGGUUCCCGGAAUUCCUUCAAAUGAGAAAACCAACCUUGGAAAAAGAAGAUGGAUUUAUUAGGCUUUUUUGGGAAAUGGCAUUUAACUGCUCUUUACCUCAUCCUUCAUUAGAUGAGACAGCUAGGCAACUCUGCACUGGGGAGGAAAACCUAUGGACGCUUCCUGGCUCUGUUUUUGAAAUGAGCAUGACUGGCCACAGUUACAGCAUUUACAAUGCCAUUUAUGCUGUUGCAUAUGCCUUGCAUGCAAUGCAUUCAUUCCAAUCCAAACAUGGAGCAAUAGAGGAUGGUGUAAGUUGGAAACUUUUGAAACAGCAGCCCUGGCAGCUCCACCAAUUUCUGAGGUUUGUCUCAUUUAACAAUAGUGCAGGGAAAGAGAUUUCCUUUGACCAAAAUGGGGAAAUCGUUGCUGGAUUUGAUAUUAUCAAUUGGAUCAUAUUCCCAAAUGCGUCCUUUAUUAGAUUAAAAGUUGGAUUGAUGGACCCGGAGGCUCCCCGAGACAAGAGAUUCACCAUUCAAGAUGAUGCCAUUUUGUGGCCCAGCAAGUUUAACCAGACACAGCCCCUUUCCCUGUGUAAUGACAAUUGCCAUCCAGGUUAUAGCAAGACAAAGCAGGAAGGGAAGCCGUUUUGUUGCUAUGGUUGCCAUCCAUGUCCAGAAGGGAAGAUUUCCAACCAGAAAGACAUGGAUUAUUGUUUUGAAUGCCCUGGAGAUCAGUAUCCAAACAAUAAGAAGGACAGAUGCCUUCCCAAAGAAAUAACCUUCCUGUCUUAUGGAGAAACCCUGGGGAUCACAUUAGCCACUUUUGUUCUCUCCUUUUCUUUCAUCACAGUUCUGGUGCUUGGGAUCUUCAUGAAGCACAAGGAGACUCCCAUAGUCAAAGCCAAUAACCGGAACCUCAGCUACACUCUGCUCACCUCCCUCCUGUUCUCCUUCCUUUGUAUCUUUUUAUUCAUGGGACAACCGGAAAAGCUGCCAUGCCUCCUUCGGCAAACUGCCUUUGGCAUGAUCUUCUCAGUGGCUGUUUCUUGCAUAUUGGCCAAAACCACCAUUGUGGUUCUAGCUUUCAUGGCCACCAAACCUGGCUCCAAGAUGAGGAAAUGGGUGGGAAAACAACUGGCUAGCUACAUUGUUCUUUUAUGCUCCCUUAUUCAAGCCAUGAUUUGCAGUGUGUGGCUGGCAAUCUCUCCCCCGUUUCCAGACUCUGACAUGCAUUCAAUGACAAAAGAGAUUGUACUGGAAUGUAAUGAAGGUUCAACAGUCAUGUUCUACUGUGUUCUGGGCUUUAUGGGUUUCCUGGCCAUUGUCAGCUUCACUGUGGCUUUCCUAGCCAGAAAAUUACCAGACAGUUUCAACGAAGCCAAAUUUAUCACCUUCAGCAUGUUAGUCUUCUGCAGCGUGUGGUUGUCCUUUGUUCCAACGUACCUGAGCACAAGAGGGAAGCACAUGGUGGUUGUGGAGAUUUUCUGUAUCCUGGCUUCCAGUGCUGGGUUACUUGGCUGCAUCUUCUUCCCCAAAUGUUUUGUGAUUUUGCUGAAGCCAGAGUUGAACAGUAGAGGACAGCUUAUAACCAGAAAUAAUUAA